AGAAGAGGGCUGUUUUUUCUUGGGUUGUUUUCUUUAAGUACAUGUAAAAAUAUCACGGGAUUGCCAAAAAAAACGUAGAUCCUCAAUAGCUUUUUGCUGCCUUGUUAGACCGGAUGAUAGAUGGUUGUUUCACACUUGGUUGGUAAAUCGUAAACAAGCAUAUCUUCUACGUCAAACACGCCUCUGUUAAUGAGUGUUAGUAAUGGGCUUUAUUUGCGCCUUGAUGUGUAUUUUUUGUUGGUGUGUGAGAAGUAUCGGUAUGACUGUAGGUAAUUAGACUGUACUAAGAAUAUUCAGGCCCAACGGUGAACAAAACUACAGUACUUUGCUUGCUGGUUCUGGCAGGCAACAGUAGUUUGUCUUCAGCCUGUCUAUUGGCUCCCCCAGCUGUCACUCAGAGUUUUCACCCGUUCAGCUUCCAAAUAAGGGCCUCGUGAGUCCGCCCCUCGUGACUAACAUAACCUCCGGUGUGAAGGUAGUGACAAUGUAGCCAUUUGAGCUUCCGGUCGGGAUUUUCAAAAUUAGAAUGGAACUAAAAUGGAGAACUUAAACGUACUUAAUCAUAAAAUCUGCAAAAUGAGCAUGCUGUAUGCAGAAUUGGUCAAUUUGACUCUCCGCUAUUUUUGUUAAUUUUAAAUUUAUUUAUAUAGUACAUUUAAAUAAACAGAAAUCACCAAAGGGCUGUUUUUUUGUUGUUGUUUUUUGUUUUUGUUUGUUUGUUUGUUUUAUAGUAUACCUAUAGUUCUCUCCUUUUUAAAGUGGAAGUGACUAUAGUGGAAAUUUUUAGGCACUCUUUAAUAGACCUCAAGCCUUGUUCCACUGAAAAUCAAAUCUUUACUACAAAAUUUAAUGUCCUGAAUAUUUUAGCUGCAAAGUUUUUAUUUGUAUUUAUUCAUUUUAUUUGAUUUUUUUUUAUGGAAGACUGUGUGUAUCCUGGAGGUCUUUUGCAACUUAUCUCCCCUACGCUUUUUCUCUGUCACACAUUUACCCCCAUAUUCCAUGGUACAAAUAUGCAAGAACUACCACCAGAUUCUUAUGACUCAUCUGAGUUGCAGUAUAGAGCGGGAUGGUGAUAAGGGUUAUACUGCACGAGAGAAGCAUGUGGGUGAUAAGAUGCCAGAGAAUUCUGGUGAUCUAUUAUUGACCAGCAGGCAUUGAAAUACUAAAUCAGUAGAGGCAACAGUAAAUACAAGGGCUCAUUUCACGUCACAGGGAUUAAAAGGGAAUUAAUCAGCAUUUUAAAACAUUUUUGUUGUAAAGUGCUGAUAAUUUUUUUCUUUGGGGGGGGGGUCUAAGACCUUAAUUUUUUAAUAUUUGUAUAUGUGGACAGAGAAAUAAACACCUCAUAUCAUUUGUGCUAUGUGGUACUGUGAUUGGCAUUUUUCUAAUAUCUUCAUAGGCGCUGACGUUGAUUGGCAAAAGAUUAAGCAGUACCAAAUAAAGUGUUAGGGGCAGCUCUUGAAGCGUUAAAGGUUUGUACGAAGUUCGAUACUGGCGGCUUUUAGCGUUUUCCUCCGUGUUGGCAACAAUGAGAACGGAGCCGACAGGAAGCCUUUAUUAUGAAAGCCUAUCGUCUGGUUUCCGGUUUGGGUGUGUCUGCCUGUCGCAGGCUUGACUGGGAUCAGUGGCUUCCCCCUCCUGCCGUCUCCCUCUCUGUGUCUCUGCGGUUAUCGGGGCUCUGAGUUGGGAAAAAUCUGGUGUUGUGGGAAUCUCUGUGGGCAUCGUCAGCGGGGCGCAGUGCUUUCCUGUCGAAACAUGACUGGCUCCCAGGCAGCCAGGAGACACCGCAGCUUUCACACCUCUCACAGCAAUGGCCGUCAGGAGAUCAGCACACGCUCAGGCCGGACGGGCGUGCGUCCGGCCCGCAGCUCCGAGGAACCGCAGCAGCCCCACGUAGGCAACUACCGGCUGCUCAAAACCAUUGGCAAGGGCAACUUUGCCAAGGUCAAACUGGCCCGACACAUGCUCACGGGCAGAGAGGUGGCAAUUAAAAUAAUAGACAAGACACAGCUGAACCCAAACAGCCUUCAGAAGCUCUUCAGAGAAGUUAGAAUAAUGAAGAUCUUGAAUCAUCCCAAUAUAGUCAAGCUUUUUGAAGUUAUUGAGACCGAGAGGACGCUCUACCUGGUAAUGGAGUACGCCAGUGGAGGAGAGGUGUUUGACUACCUGGUUGCACACGGAAGAAUGAAGGAAAAAGAGGCCAGAGCUAAAUUUAGACAGAUUGUAUCAGCGGUGCAGUACUGCCACCAGAAGCACAUUGUUCACAGAGACCUCAAGGCUGAGAACCUGCUCCUCGACGCAGACAUGAAUAUCAAGAUCGCAGAUUUCGGCUUCAGCAACGAGUUCACUCUGGGCAACAAGCUGGAUACGUUUUGCGGCUCUCCGCCGUACGCAGCACCGGAGCUUUUCCAGGGAAAGAAGUACGACGGGCCAGAGGUGGACGUUUGGAGUCUGGGGGUGAUACUGUACACGCUGGUCAGCGGCUCGCUGCCCUUUGACGGACAGAAUCUUAAGGAGCUGCGGGAGCGUGUGCUCAGAGGGAAGUACCGCAUCCCUUUCUACAUGUCCACAGACUGCGAGAACCUCCUCAAACGCUUCCUGGUGCUCAACCCGGCCAAGCGGGGUACUCUCGAGGUGAGGGAGGACGCAGAAAAUCAAAUUAUGAAGGAUCGAUGGAUCAAUGCAGGAUUUGAUGAUGACGAGCUCAAACCUUACACUGAACCAGAGCUGGACAUCACAGAUCAGAAGAGAAUAGACGUGAUGGUCGGGAUGGGCUACAACUUGGAGGAAAUCCAGGAGUCUCUGGCCAAGAUGAAGUAUGAUGAGAUCACAGCCACCUACCUGCUCUUGGGCAGGAAGGCCUCUGAGCUGGAGCCCGGCGACUCGGCCUCCAGCAGCAACUUGUCUCUGGCCAAACCGAGGCCAAGCAGUGAGCUCAACGGCCAGUCGCCCUCCCACCUCAAAGUCCAGAGGAGCGUCUCCUCCAACCACAAACAGAGACGUUACAGCGAGCAAGUUGGUCAGAACCUCCCUCCAGGGAUGGCUCAUCCAAAGAGGAGUCAGACAACUACUGCUGAGAACAGCGUGAAAGAGGAAGGUGGAGUCCAGCUCCGUAAACCGAGCAUCCCAGGAACCCGCGGGGCACCACCCUCCAGCCCUCUGCUGGGCAACGCCAACAACCCCAACAAGGCUGACAUUCCUGACCGCAGGAAAGGAGCCACCACGGCCCCGAGCAAUAACACUGCAUCUGCGGGUAUGACCAGGAGGAACACGUAUGUCUGCAGUGACAGAAACAACACAGACCGCCUCUCCGUCAUUCCUAACGGGAAAGAGAACAGCAUGACUGAGAUGGCUUGUGCCACUAGCCCCCCGUCUGCCUUUGCAGCCGCUGCAUUCGGUGCCUCGUCCAGUUCGGUGCGGCUGAGGUAUCAAACUGUCGGCCCUUUGUACGCUUGCCAGGCAGGCUGGGCCACACUGCCCCACUCCUACUACGCUCUGGACUACUGCUCGCCCAACAACGUUGCCGUGUCUCCCGGCAGUCAGAGGAACCCGGUGGCGUCCACCCACAGCGUCGCCAACACCACUACGCCCGACCGUCUCCGCUUCCCCCGAGGCACAGCCAGCCGCAGCACCUUCCACGGUGGCCAGCUGAGAGACCGCCGCACGGCCACGUACAACGGGCCGCCGGCCUCCCCUACUCUCUCCCACGAUGCCACGCCUCUGUCUCAGACCCGGAGCCGUGGAACCAGCAACCUUUUCUCCAAACUCACCUCUAAACUCACCCGCAGAAACAUGUCAUUCAGGUUUACCAAAAGAGUCUCCACCGAGUUUGAGAGAAACGGGAGACUUGAGGGCUCAAGUCGCCAUGUACCUGGGGAUCAAAAAGGGGAAAAUAAAGACAGUAAACCCCGCUCCCUCAGAUUCACUUGGAGUAUGAGGACCACCAGCUCCAUGGAGCCCUGUGAUAUCAUGCGGGAGAUUCGCAAGGUGCUCGACGCCAACAACUGCGACUACGAACAGCAAGAGAGUUUCCUGCUUCUUUGCGUCCAUGGAGACGGGCGAGCUGAAAACCUGGUGCAGUGGGAGAUGGAGGUUUGCAAGCUUCCCCGUCUCUCCCUCAAUGGCGUCAGGUUCAAAAGGAUAUCCGGCUCAUCCAUCGCUUUCAAAAACAUUGCUUCCAAAGUUGCCAAUGAGUUAAAGCUAUGAACAAAAGGGUUUAAAGUAUACAUAUAUAUAUAUCUAGAAGUAUUUAAGCUGUACAAUCAUCCAAGUAGCAGUUUCCAAAUGUCUCCUUUUUCUAAACAAAACACAGAGUAUGUAUUGAAUAUUAUAAUGUAUAGAUUAAGGCUUUUGGCAAUAAUCACCGAAUUACCUACUAAUAUCUCAGUCUGUUCUGACCGCACAGGGUCGACAUUAAUGAGUUGAAUAUGAUUUGUCAUGCUGUGAAUGUGGACGAAAAAGCAUUUCUGGUCUUAUUUAUUUCACCUUUAUUUUUCUCUCUCCUGGAAAAAGGAAAAUGACGUAGCGUUCUGUUUUCAGUGUAAAUAAUGUAUCUUACUUUGAAGAUGGCUUCUCUGCAAUACUCGUUUUGUUUUGUUUUUUCUUCUCCUUUUGUAUUUUGUUAAAAAGUAGAGAUGGGGAGUCCAUGUAAAUGCCCACAUGGUUAAGGGUCACUCAUGUCUCAAUUAAAGUGUCUGUCAACCUAAA